AUGGCUACCUCGAAAGAAUGGCAGAAGAUGCUCAACGGCGAGCUCUACUGGGCCUGGGAUGCCGAUCUGCAGGCUAAUCGCGAGCGAUGCAAAGAAGCCUGCAAAAAGUUCAACGAGGCAGGGCCAGUUUCCCGGCGGCGGCGUGUCGAACUAUGGCGAGACAUCGUUUGCGAUACUCGUCCUAUGCCACCGGUAAACGAAGACCCGGCCGCUGAUGAAAAGCUCUUCGAAAAGACAGAUCCCGUCGUCGACCCUCCGAUCUCCGUCGACCAUGGGCUGAAUUUCAGAGUCGGCGCGGGAACUUUCAUCAACUUCGACACGACCGUCCUCGAUACCUGCUUGAUUACCAUUGGCGAGCGUGUGCUCUUCGGUCCUCACAUUCGUAUCUACGGCGCGACACACCCAAUGGAUCCGGCGGAACGGCGUGGUCUUGAGGGGCCUGAGGCUGGCAAGGAAAUCCACAUUGAGGAUGAUGUGUGGAUUGGAGGGAGCGCGAUUAUCCUUGCUGGUGAUGUUCCUCCGUUUCAUUUUGUUGCUGGGAACCCGGCCAGGGUUAUUCGGAAGAUCGAGUCCAGCAUGGAAGCAGAACAGUCAAAGGCUGCGUCUGGGACGGCGUAA